CGCAAAUGGUGAAAAGUGGGUGUACAUUGUAUAGCGGCAUUACAUACCGUAAUGUGCACCUCAGCCUACCCCUUCGGGGAUAAAAGGCGUGACGUUGAAUAAAACGUCUACAGCAAUCUUAAAGGAAUGAUAAGUACUGUAUACCCCACGCAACAAAAAAAACCUAAUGUAAAAAGGAAAAAAUGAUACCUAUCCACUCUCCAGACCUAAAAAUAAUAAAUCUUAAUCCACUAAUACAUCGUUGGAGUAAACAAAAAACAACAGUGAAGUUAUGAUUGAUAUUAUGUUUCCUGACCACGUCUAAGGACGCGGCAACAGAAUCCCUUUCCCUUCAUCUUUCUCGUAUCAUAAUUUUCUGGCUAAUAAAUUUUCCUCCAUUCGUCCGUCAGUCGGUCCCAGACUGUGGCAUUGAGCGGUCGCGUCUCGCGUCUUCUCGCGCCCCGAAAAUAUUAUUGUGAACCAAAAACAUUGUAAAUAUUGUGUGAAAUAACAGUGUUUUAUUGUGUUUUCUAAAGCUAUUCAUUGGAUUUUUUAACCGAUGGACAGUGAAAUGAGCCAGUGAUAGUGUUCAGUGAUCAAGAUGGCGGUGAACAGCCCCGGAGGUUAUCCGCCCGUUUCUCCUAAACCACACACCCCAAAAAGCCCACGACACUUCAUAUUUCCCCAGAAAAGUCCUUCCAUAGCAUCUAGCACGUCUUCGUCCGGAUACUACACCCCCCAGUCUGGCUGCAGCUAUGACAAGCACAACCAGCCCCCCAAAUCUCCAAUAGCUCACGGACACAGAAGUCCGAUGUCUCCAAGGCACUUCAAUUUCCCCCAAAAGUCCCCAUCCGGCCGAUCGAGUCCUUGCGUCGAGCGCGCCAGCCUGCACUACACCACAUCUCUCAAGCACAGUCGCCGAGAGAAGUCCAGGUCGCCAAAACCGCCUCCCGUGCACAUCCACACGAACCCUGGCUACGUGUCCCCCAACCGUACGAGGAAACUAUACAGUUCUACUUCCACAGUGAGCUCGCCGCGACUCGUGACGUCACCGAGCAUAGUGUCCAGUCACACGGAUGACUCCACUGAUGCAAUGCCGGGCACUCCGUCUGCGAUCCUUCACGACGCAGAUGACGAGGCUACGACGAUAUCCUCAAAGAUCUGUCGAAAGUCGACGUCAGAUUUGACGGAUAUGACGGAUGAUACGCCCCAUACUCGGUCGACGAGCAUCAGUAGACCAUGUUCUCCGAUGCGUAGAGGGUCUAUGAAGGGCGGUUUGGCGUAUUUGGCGAGUAGACGAGGGUCAAGAGAGUCUACUAUGUCAAACUGCGACUCUGUGGAAGACAUAGGUCCUCUGAACUUCCAGAACACUAUGAGGGGCCGUCAGAGGAGGACGUCAAACUUUUUGGAGUUACCAGUUGUGGAACACUCCCGGCCUCGCGUCUGCUCGCUGCCAGAGAAGCCAUACAACCCUCGAGUAUCAGACGACCUGUACCGGCUCCGCACCUUCAGCAUCACCACCAAAGGAGGUGUCGUCAACUGCGGGGACUCCAUCUGCAACCGCAGGAGUCGGUCCAAUACUUCUGUUAAUUCUACUAAUAGCAGAGCAUCAGAUCGGUCUCCGUUCGACGGUUCCUGCUGCUCCGGCUACCGACCUGUAGACUCCGCCAGUUUGGACACUCCUGACGAAGAUGAGAUGGACCCGAUACCAAAAUAUAGGGUAGUGUUACUUGGCGACGCUGGCGUGGGCAAGACAGCUCUAGUGUCACAAUUCAUGACGUCAGAGUACAUGAACACAUACGACGCAAGUUUGGACGACGAAUUCGGUGAAAAGUCGGUGUCUGUUCUACUGGAUGGGGAAGAGUCCGAGAUGAUUUUCAUUGAUCAUCCCAGUACUGAGAUGUCGGUAGAGAACUGUCUCUCAACAUACGAGCCCCAUGCCUGCGUGGUGGUCUACUCCGUGGUGGCCAAGAGUUCAUUCACCCGCGCCGCCGAGUUACUGGCGUACCUCGCCCGGGAACAGUUCACUGUGGAGCGAACCGUUGUGCUCGUGGGGAACAAGGCUGACCUGGCCAGAGCCAGGCAAGUUUCUACUAAUGAGGGUAAAGCACUGGCGACAUCAAGAGACUGCAAGUUCAUAGAGACAUCAUCAGGGAUCCAGCACAAUGUGGACGAGCUACUGGUUGGCAUCCUCAAGCAGAUUCGACUGAAAGAGAGCAGGGACAAGAAACAUGCCAAGAAAACUGGAAAGCAGGACGCGAAGCAGCCUAAACUAGCCAGCUCGCGCACACACAUAUCGCUCAGCAUCGCAAGGGAGCUACUACAAAAGAUCUGCAUAAACGAUAUCUCCAAAUCGAAGUCUUGCGAGAACUUGCACGUCCUGUAAUCUUCUGUGCUCCUGGUACCUUAUAAAUGUUGUAGAUGUUUUUCUUAAUGUUAACUGUAUAGAGGAUUCUUCCUUCUAAUUUUACUAUCUCGUGUUUUUGAUCAAUGUUCGACUGGUUAUGAACUAAGGUUUAUUCUGUUGAGUAUACGAUAAGCGCUGUAGCUACCCGCUUUGUUACCGGAAUUUUAAUAUAAUCAAUCUCUAUGGAAGCUCGUCGGAUGCAGAUUCCAAUUUACUGCAGAGAAUUCCAUCUUAUAUUUUCUUUUUUACAAAAUGCUCCCAGUAAUUUCUAUUCACUAUAGUUAACUUUCACAAAUGCGUUAUUGUGUCAAGAAAACAGCUGACGUUUUUCCUCUAAACCGUUUACGUCACGUCGAAUAAUUUAUGGGCGAUGUUACAAAAAGAAUAUUCGUUUGAAAAGUGGGGGAAAAUCCGGAGACCCUUGGAAAGAGCGUUGAUUUUCAUACAAAAUAUUCUUAUUUCGAAGGGAAAAUAUCUAAAUAAUAUUAUAUUCUCGGUCAAUUUCAUAUCAUAUGGGUUCAACAAACAAUAGCUUGGCAAUAUUGGGAUCGAUUUCUUGCUUAUAUGAAAGACAUUCGAGAUAUUCAUAUAAAUCAGCGUCCAAAUUUAUUGUAUUCCAUCCAUUCAUUGUUGUAAUAAGGUUUCGUUGUCUGGAUUUGAUGAAUUUUCUUUUGCCUUUCUCUCUUUUAACAUUUAUAAUGCUUAUUACAAUUGACAAUAUCAAAUUAUCUACAUCACUCUCCCAGUUUGAAUUUUAAAGUCUUAAGUACAUCAAAGUAAUCUUUUGUUUCACUUUUGAUAAUCUGUCCAUUUAAUUGGAUCGUUAUUCAUAGAAAUGGAUGCUGAAAAUUAAUUCAUGGAAUUUCUUUAUUUUCUGAUUCCAAGAUUUGAAUUAAAUUGCUACUUUCGUUUGAGAGGGAUUUUUGAUUUUAAUUGCAUACAGUUUGUCAAAGUAAUGGAUAUCAGUCAUUAUAAUAAAAUGAAGUAUAAUUAUAUAUUGAGGGGGAUUUUCCACCAGAGAUGUGCUAUGUUAGCUAUGCUACUAAGAUGUAAUAGCUAAGCUGUGAAACAAUGACCGUUUCCACUGAUACUGAGCACAAAGUAGCCAUGCGAGAAAGAUGCGCAGCUCGAGUAUGCAAUGCAUCGAAUAUCGAUAGUAGGGAACUUAGGGAAGUCAAACACAGCAACGUAGCACGUCACUGAUGGAAAAGCACCCCAAAGUUCAAUCAAUAUUUUGAUACCUUUUAACAAUAAAGUAGCCAGUUUUUAAACUCAAUGUUUAGUAUUACAAAAAUCCAUAUCUUUAGCUUAAUCACCUUCAUUUACUUUUCCAUUCUAUCUUCCUUCAUCAUUGUCGACUUCAAAUCUAUCAGUACAAAUUCCAGUAGGACUUUUAAACUCUAAACUUGUUCUUGUUACUUAACUAUAACAAGAUAAGGGUGGUUUUGCCUUGACAAGGGAUAAACGACCUUGGUCCCACUUAAUAUAAUAGAUGACCUCGUCACCACUGAAACGGUUAAGCGAAGCUAAUUUAAGAUAGGCAUUAAUAUAAUGCUUCCUAAGGUGAAUAGUAAGUAUUAAAGACUAUUUUUAAUACUAAAAAUCUUGGUGUCGUUAGAAGUGAAAACUAUUGUUUCUUUCUUAUUCAUAGAAUUUCUCUGAGGGUUUAGCACGACUUUGUUUUAUCUAUGUGACGUAUUGAUCUCUGAUUGGUCUGAUCUAAUGAAACAACCAAUCAGAGGGCUAAAAGCUUAACACGUUAAAUGUAAAACAAACUUAUAUUAAGCCAUGUGAUGUCAACCCAGUUUAUUCAAAUCCCUAGAAGUAUUAAGUUUCAAAGUUCUGUUACAUUUUCGGAUGGCGCCACUGUAGAUUUUAGCUUAUAGAAGCUAUAAUGGAGCGUGUUCAAUGAACAGAGAUAAGAGUCUAUAUGUUUCGGUUUCGCUAAGGUAUGACUAGAUCAAACUCUUGUGUAUUGAUCGCUCAGUUCUAGUACAAAUUGUACGAAAGUUACGAGUAAAGGUAAGCAUCCAUAGUUCCGCAUCGUACGCAUCGCACGCAACGGAUUCUAGUUUGUGUUAUAUAGAAACUCGUACAACUACGUCCACUGAUCCGCAUCG